UGCCUUUUGUUCAAAGAGCAAGCUAAGUAAGCAUUCUCAUUUUGCUUGACUUUGGCAGCGACCAAUUAAAUAAGCUGAGUGCCUCAAGAACAUGGAUGCUGAAACGCUGACAUUGCAAAAGGAAGUGGUUUUUAACCAGACUUCAAAGCAAGUCAUGGCUUCCUCUGAUGAUGACGCAAAAGUUCCUUUUGUAGAACCCGUUUGUAAAACGAUGGUUAUAGAACAAGGGAGUGUUGGAAACGGUCAACAUCAUGAUGAAGUGAAGGAAGAAAAUUCUGGUCCAGCUAGGCUUUACUUAAAUCCUUCUAAUUCUUUGGUGUACAUGAAAAAUGGACCAGCUAUUGGCAUAGCCAUGUCACCCACGGAGGAAGUGCGUGAAGUGUAUUUGAAAAACAUGUUCAUGAUGCCACCAAACCAUGGAUUCUAUUGCCCCAAUUGUCACAUUGAUAUCAACAAGGUGUUGUUUUGCACAACGCGGCAACAAGAUGAGUUUGAAAUUAAAUCUCCUGGAAUGUUACUCAAGGGUCCACCUAUUUUGCCUACAUUUACCCAGCCCCCGGUUACUACUGAGCCUACGGUUACUACACCUACACUUAUCGAACCUGAGCAAGAUAAUGAAUGCCUAGUACGAUGCUCAACAUGCUUCAGUUUACUCAUUCAAAAAGGCAAAGAGUUUUUUACUGGGUUGGUAUCACGAGCUCCACAAGAGUUAGAGUCAGGCCAGGGAGAUCAGCACGUAGUUCCUAUACCAGAUUCAUCUCCUAUAAUGCCACAAGGUCCACCAUUUACCAUCACCAGGCCAGAAAGUACCAAGGGUUGGGAAAUUCUUAAGAGUAUUGUCUAUGGUGGUCUUGCUGAAUUAUUAGCAAGCCUUAGUGUUGUGACAUCUGCAGCAAGUGUUGAUGCUACCACAUUGAGUAUUGUUGCUCUGGGUGUUGCAAAUCUGAUCGGUGGACUUUCGGUCUUGGGUCACAAUCUUAGGGACCUGAAAGCUUCGCAACCAAGACAGGGAAGUGAAACACAAGCACAAGAGGACAAAUAUUAUGAACUAUUGGGAAAGCGGGAGAAUUUCUAUCUACAUGCCUUUUUUGCUAUCUUAUCAUUCCUCAUAUUUGGGUUAGUGCCUCCAAUAGCAUACGGCUUCUCAUUCCGUGAGAGUAAUGACAAGGAUCUCAAGCUUGCAGCUGUUGCGGUAGCUUCUCUAAUUUGCAUCACAUUGCUUGGCAUGGCAAAAGCUCAUAUCCAAAGAUCCAAUACUUUUAUGACAUACUUUAAAACGGUGACGUUUUAUGUUACCUCUGGAGUAUUGGCCUCACUACUUACUUAUGAAGCUGGAGCCCUAAUGAAGAAACUUGUAGAACAGCUUGGAUGGUUUGAAACAAAAUCAAACUUUGGCUUGACUCUUCCUGAGAUGAUGAGUAUAAAGAAAUCAGGAUGGGGUUCGUACUAAAAGUAAAGGUGUUGGCGAUGUUUUGGACAAUCAUCAUGUAUCCAUUGAGUAAUUAUCUUGUCAUGCUUCAACAUUGAUAGUCAAUUUUAAAUGCGGAGUUUGUACUACUUUUUAAUAUUUGGUUAGUUAUGUUGGUUUGGGACAUUUUUUUCGUUUCAUUCUGUAAGUUUGGUGACAAUUUAAGUUGUUCCGGUUAAGCAUGGAAGUAUCUGGGGAAUUGGAUUCCUGCAUUCACGCAAUCAUACACUCAUCAAUCUUAGUCUUCAAUUUUUUUCUCCUCAACUUCUAUACAAUUAAUAAAAUAAAAAAGAAAAAUCUUUAGUGACCGGA